AUGCCGGUAAAAGACCUCCUAGAGGAGUCUGCUGAUGGGCCGGUAGUAGAGACAGCUGCCAUGCUCUUGUCCAAUCCUGAGAUCCGGUCAUCGGGCCAAAGCCUCGAGGACAUAUGGAAGUUGGCGAAGGAGAUCGUCGUAGCGAAACGACAAAGUUCGGAUAACCACAUAGUAGUUCACAAGGUAGGGGAGGAGCGUCAUUGA